CUUACCUUGUAGACCAAAGAAAAACAAGGUUAGAGCCUCAAACGAGGGCAAAGGUGUGGGAAGUGGUGCAAAAGGUGCUGAUAGUACAUCUCAUAGAGCAUCAAGAAAAGGCCAAGUCCAAACCUGUGGGAUAUGUCAUGUAGAGGGACAUAAGAGAACCUAAUGUCCAAAUAAAGAUCAAGCUGUAAGUAAUAAAUACUAUUUAUGACUUUUAGGACUUUUUUUUGUAAUUUGUAAGACUACUUUUAUAUUUAGAAGGUUGUUAUUGUAAUUUAUGUGUGCUUGUUACUUCUAAAGAGUGUAUAUGUGUAAUUUAUAAGUUAGUUACUUAUGAAGAUUUAUUAUGGUAUAUAUGUGUAUGUAUAAUAUCAUGUAAUGUGUGUUUAGGCAUCUACUGAAACAAGAGAAGGUACUACACCUGGUAAUGGGAAGAGGACUGCUUCAAUUGCUUUUUCUCCAGAUCCUAGCACUACACAAAUGUCACAAGGACCACUUCCAAAGCCAAAUACUGUAAGGACUCAUGUUAAGUCAAAAUUGCCAUGUAGAAGAAUUGGCAAGAGAAAAGGUAAACAACAUGUCAAAGGGUUUGGCUGCUAUGUUGAUGUCAACACUGCAAAAAAAAUACUCCUGGGAUGGACAUUGAACAAGUGGUUUCUCAUCUGCAAAAUGAAGUGGCACAUGAUCCUGGUGUUAAUGUCAGGUUUGCUAUUCCAAAUGAGAAGGAAAUCAGAUGUGCUGCCAGAGUUCAAAAGGAGAUAGAUGUCCCAGCAUAUAGGACAAUAUCUUUCAAGGGUGAUGGAGCUCAAGGAAAAAAACCAACUAACCUGCCCUUUGAAGCACCCGGUUUGCAAUGGAAGGGGAAGAAAGCCAUCAGCUCCACACAUUUGUUAAACAAGAUGCAAAGGAGGAGGCCUUCUUCAAUCCAGGUUGAUCUCCUCGAACCCACAGUUUAAGAGUUGGCUUGGAUGUUGUAUUCAACCCAUUUUUUGGAUGUUAUUAAAGUUGUCAGUUUUUUGGUUUAGUAGGCGACAACAUUAGCUCUUACUGUGAAGUUUUUGUUCUUGUGCCUACAUGGCCAAGUUCAAUGGUUUUUUGGAUUUUGUAAACUCAUUACUAAAUGGUAAUAUGGCCUC